AUGGGUUGCUGUGGCUGUAGAGGUAACAGCUGUGGCGGCUGUGGCGGCUGUGGCGGCUGUGGCGGCUGUGGUGGCUGUGGCUGCGGUGGUGGUUGUGGUGGCUGUGGCGGCUGUACCACGUGUACCUGCCGCCGUGUGGGCUGCUGCUCUGCCUGCUGCCCCUGUUGCUGUGGCUGCUGUGGAGGCUGCUGUAGCCCCAUGGUUGUCUGCUGCCGCCGCACCUGCUGCUCUGGCUCCUGUGGCUGUGGUGGUGGCUGUGGUAAGGGCUGUGGCUGUGGCAAGGGCUGCUGCCAACAGAAAUGCUGCUGCCAGCAAUGCUGCUGUAAGAGGCAAUGCUGCUGCUAGAGGGGAGCAGUCAGGGCAGGGCCUCCAGGAAGGCCCUGCUGAGCCCAUGCUCUGUCCAGCAAGGUAGGACUUUCCUUCAUCUCAGCCUAUCUGCUUCCCUCUGUCUCGUGUGCCAUCUCCUGGGCUCCCUGCCAUUGAGUGAGUAGCCUCCUACUUGUAGGAUGAUUAUGAUUGUUGUGAGAGGUAGCAUGAUAUAGUGGAUAGGACACUGGACUUGGAGCUGGGGAUACCUGGGUUCAAAUCCUAGUCUUAGACACUUAUCAGCUGUGUGACUCUGGGUGAGUCAUUUGGCCUCAACUCUCUCAACUGUAGAAUAGGGAUGGGGCUGGACUUGGUGGCUUCUAAGAUCCCUUCCAGUUCUAAAUCUGUGCUUCCAUGACUGUGGGUACCUCAGCUUCUCCAGUCUUUUAUCCUAGGUAUAAUUCUAUCACCAAUCUGUCUUUUUUUCAGUACUAAGGCAAAUCCCCAAAGAGACCAGCUACUAUGAAGCAAGUCCUAAGUAUACAAAUAAUAGGAUUCUGGUUCUCUAAUCUUUUUAUCCUCUGAAAUCUCCUAGGCAAUAUUAUCUUUUCAAUUUUGGGUCUAUAUAUUUUUUCCUCUUAGUGUAUACACUAUGUGACUGUCCUCCUCUACUAUGUUUUAUCUUU